UACAGACAGAACCAGGAGCUGGUGCGGAACAUCGGCGCGCACUACUACCAGAUCAUCUACCCCGUACAGCUGCGCCACCACGAGAAGAUGGGCAUCUCUACAAGGGAGGUCAACACGCAGAAGGGUCGAGGUUACGGAUCGGACUACCAGCAGGGCACGAGGUCACGAGCAAGGACCGGCAAACACUUUCAUCGAACUUCACUCCUCAUCAAAGCUUUCAACCACAAGUUUAGACUGGACCUCGAGCUUAACACGCAACUACUAGCACCGAACCUGAAACAAACCCAGUACCUCGCGAAUGGCGCCGAAAGUGACAUCCGAACCGAGAUCGAGCACUGCUACUACCACGGCACUGUCAAGGACUACCCCGGAGCCUCCGCCGCCUUCCACACCUGCAACGGGGUGUCUGGCGUCAUCCACAUCGGCAACGAGACCUUCGUCAUCCACCCCUUCUACGGCGGCGAUCUAUCGAAGCACCCACAUGUGAUAUUCGAGGCGCGGACCAAGGCGAACAAGGGCUGCGCCAACAAGCUCGAGUUCCGGCCCAAGAACCGCCGCCAAAAGCACGUGUCGUUCGUGGAAGAGCCGCUCGGUGAUGACCCUGGGACCAUAGACAACAACCACUCGAAAGACGACCGCGCGUGGCGCUGGUGGCACGAGUCCGGUCUGCGCGCGCUGAAUCGACGCAGGCGCGACGUGCGCGAGACCACCAAGUACAUCGAGACCGCGCUCAUCAUUGACAAGGCCAUGUUCGACAGGAGGAACGGCAGCACGCGGUCUGAAGUCGUCCACGACGCGAUACAGGUCGCCAACAUUGCUGACCUGUACUUCCGUACCCUGAACACGCGGGUGUCCCUGGUGUAUAUCGAGUCCUGGCAAAGCGCGGACCAAGCCGACAUCGACCGCAAGCAGGACAUCACGCGCGCCAUCCUCAAGUUCAGCGACUACACUGCCCGCAAGCUCUUCAAGAUCGACAAGGACACCACGCAGCUGCUCACCGGCCUCACGUUUCCUGGUGGGGAGUCCGGCAUAUCAGUUCCCGACACGCUUUGCACGCCCAAGUCUGUGGGCAUCUCAGUGGACACCAACACGUACGAGCCCCACCUGCUAGCCGGCACCAUGGCGCAUAUGAUCGGCCAUAAUAUCGGUAUGGGUCACGACGACGGGCGCGAGCAGUGCUUCUGCCGCGACUGGCACGGCUGCAUCAUGGCGCAGUCCAUCGUGGGCUCCGACAACGUGCAGCCCUACAAGUUCUCCGACUGCUCCAAGAACGACUACAUCAACGAGCUCAGGAUCGGACAGGGGCUCUGCUUGCUCAAUAAGCCCAAUGAACUGGUGAUACACCAUCAAUGCGGCAACGGGAAGCUGGACGAGGGCGAGGAGUGCGACUGCGGCACCAUCUCCGACUGCCAGAGCCUCAACCCGUGCUGCGACCCGUUCACCUGCCGCCUCACCAAGGAGGCCCAGUGCGCUUCGGGAGAGUGCUGCGAUAGGUGCCAGCUAAAACCUCGCGGGGUGAUCUGCCGUGAUGCAACCAACGAGUGCGACCUCGAAGAGAUGUGCACCGGCCUCUCUGGUUCGUGUCCACCCGACGCUUACCGAAAGAACGGGGAACCUUGUGAGGAUGGCAAGGGUUACUGCUUCGCUGGUCAGUGCCCGACCCUCAGCCUUCAGUGUGAGAGGAUCUGGGGGCCCGGCACCAUUGGCGCUGACAAGGAGUGCUUCGAGCAGUUCAACUCGAAGGGAGCGGUCACGGGGCAUUGCGGGAAAGACAACAGUGGGCAUUACAUCAAGUGCGAGACUGAGAAUGUAAGAUGCGGCUCGCUGCAGUGCCAGCUUGGCAACCGAUACCCGGUCGUCCCGGGAAUGGACGAGUAUUACACUAGAACCGUCAUCACUAUUAAGGGCAACGAGUAUGAGUGCAAAGCCACGACAGGCCUGCCAAAGCACGACGAGAUCAGUCCCCUUGGCCUGGUGCGCGACGGGACACCAUGUGGGGACAACCUGGUCUGCGUCAACCAGACUUGCACCUCCAUCUUCCCGUACAUCGACCACACCAAGUGUCCCACCGACCACAAUAACAACGAAUGCUCUGCUAAAGGGGUGUGUUCAAACCUCAACAAGUGCGUCUGCAAUCGUGGCUGGACCGGGCCAGACUGUUCGCAGCACGACGCGCUCCCGCCAUCGCCAACGCCGUGGGUACCCGACAACGCCACCAAAGCCGCCUACAACAUGACCAAGAAGGAAACACCGUAUGAGAACUACCACGGCUCGAACACGGUGUUCCUCGUGGCGGUGCUCAUGUCUGUGGUAGGGGGGGUAUUCAUAGUAUUUGCCCUGAGCGCUCUCUGCUACAGGUCAGUCGUAGUACACAAAAACUUCUCCCUGUGCCUAAGGAAAAAGAGUACGCUGCCGAAGUACGACCCUCCUUACGUCAAGAAACCAAUCGCCAAGAGCUUCGCUGCGGGCUCCACCACGUCCAACAACUCGCAAGAGGACAUCUCUCUGGAUGGAGGGAAGAUGCACUCCUUCAACAACACAUUUAGAAACCUGUUAAGCCGCGGGGACUCUCAGCGGGUCAUAUUCAGACAUGGAAACCACAUGUCUGGAGCAGGCAGUACUAGUAGAUACCCGGACCACAAACAAAUGAAACGUGUUCAUUCUGGCAGUGAAGAUGAGCCUACUCAUUCAGGCGAAGAAGACAUAGCGUUCAUAGAUGUAGCGCCCAACUCGAUGGCCAAGCUGCCUGAGAAGGGCAUCCUGAAGAAGCACGGCUACGGCGCCGUGGACGGCAAGGACAAGUGGGGCGACGACUCGCAGUCCGAGCAACUGGAGGCCGGCUCGCAGUCCGACGGCCAGGAGCCCGCGGGCGCCGUAGCUGAUAUGGAGUAUAAGUUUAAGGAUCUGAACGGCUACCACGAGAACAUAAUCGUGGCGCUGAAGACGGCGGCUGCGCAACGCGCGAGCGCGGGCGCGGCGAGUGGCUCGGGCGACCUGCGCGCGCUACAAGACUACGAGUACAAGCGCGAACGCGCGCCCAGCGCAGAGAAGAUACACGAGGCUGAGCUGCGGAGUCAAAAUAGUAUUGAAAACUGUUUGCGGGAAUGGAACUUGUUCUUAAAUCUGACUACGAGUGAAAGCACUAGCGCGCGCCCAGUGCGGAGAAGAUACACGAGGCUGAGCUGCGGAGCUGUCUGUUCUGGCUCGGGCGACCUGCGCGCGCUACAGGACUACGAGUACAAGCGCGAGCGCGCGCCCAGCGCGGAGAAGAUACACGAGGCUGAGCUGCGGAGUCACACCAGUCUUGAUACUUGCUGGUGGGGAUGGGGCUUGUUCUCAAACUGA